CGUUGCGCUUUAGUUGAAAACUUUUUCCUCCGUCUGGCUCUGACUUUACUGAGGCAGUUUAAACUCAUAUGUUUUCUCAUUCGGGGUAAAAGUUGUUUAAAGCCUUGGAGCUUCGGACAUCGCUGUAGGCUGAGCGGAAGUGUGCGGGAUGGCAGACCGGCCGGAGAGAAACAGGGACGGUGAGCAGGAGCCCGAAGGAGCCAUGGGUGGGGAAGAUGUGAUGGAUGAUCCCAUCAUUGAACAAGGAGCCAUUGUCUUUCGAGGGUAUGUGAUGCAGCGUGUACAGAUGCACGACCCUGACAGAAGCAUCCGCUCGGAGGAUCUGGGUGGAAGACCACAAGAGCAACAAGAACCACAUAUUAAGGAGGUGGUGGCGCAGCUCCUGAAGAUCGCAGAUGCCUUGAACAGAAAUGCAGAAUUCCAGGGGCUGGUGAACCGGGUGCAGAACGACUGUGCUCAAGACGUGUUUAUGGAUGUCGCCCGGGGCAUCUUCGCUGAGGGCAUCAAUUGGGGCCGAGUGGUGGCCCUGUUUCAUCUGGCCUAUAGACUCAUCUACGGGCAACUGACCAGCAACCGUCUCGAGAACAUCCAGAUGAUCAUCAGCUGGGUGCUGCAGGUCAUCAAGGAUCUGCUGUACAACUGGAUCGUGGCCCAGGGAGGCUGGGAAGGGGUGAUUCGGCAGAUCCCUCGCUGGAGGUCGGCGGCUCUGGUGGCGUCUCUAGCUUUGGUGGCUGCCUUUCUUUACUACCGGAGGACACGCUGAGAAUGUUGGACUGCACCGCCACAGGCUCAGCCAUUUUUCUCCACCAAGCUCCUGCGGAUGUUUUAAAUAGAGGUCACUGAGUGGAUGUUUACCUGGACCAGUCGGGAUCCCUGUGUGACCUUUCCUCUUCAGCAAAUGUAACUUCACUGUAAUGGAUGUGUUUUAGCUCGAAAACAAGUAGCGCCCGUCUGAAAUGUCUUUCUCUCGGUCAGCCAUUUGUUGCGCUGAUCGAAAUAAAGUGUUUGGACACUGGAUAUCAUAAUACAUUUCUAGAACAAUAUCUUUAGACAUUGACAUUUCUGUUGAACCAUAGCUGGCUUCAAAACAUCUGGUUUAUUUGAUUGACCCCAAGUUUCAUACAUGAUCGAUGGGUUGUAGAUGUUCAAAGCUGGCGGUUUACAUACAUUCCUGUACUGUACGCUGAGCACGACUUGUUUCCUCAGUAGUAAUCCACUCCGUAUGGUGGUCUCAGGAGGAGCCACCCAGAGUAUCUGCAGCUGCGUGAAGACCGCUGAUGCUCUCAUGUAGAGUCACUGAAUGUUGACACGCGUGAAACACCUGGCCCUUGCACAGGUGGCCGGUGUCUUCUGGAUGGUUGUUGCAGGUUAAGUAUUUGAAAAUGUUUCUCCUAGAACCAAGAUGUUAUUACACUCAGGGGCAUUAAAGUAAUUGCAGAGUAUUUAAAUGAACUGCACCACUUGGCUGUUAAAAUAUACUGUAUAUAUAUAUAUGCAAUUCUGACUAUCAAGGAGUUCAAAUCAUGGAGUUCCAACAACAGUGAGAAGCUUUAGAAACUAAUGAAUUCUGUUAUUGCAAUGUGAAAAUAAAGUGCAACGCUGUUGCAGCAUGAUCAUCG